AAAUGGCCACUUCAGUGGGGAUAAAAUUAUGACGUGAAGUAAUAUCGUUCUAAAGUUCUUUGUGAGCAACAUGCUUGGAUUUGUAGUCCUUCAGCAGUUGGAGAGAAACGGGUAGUUUAGCUCUGACAUAAUUCAAGUUCUGAGUUUGCUUUUAAUGGAUUGUGUUCAAGAUAUCUUAAAAGAUGUCCGCAGGUUGCCCACCAGUUUUGCAGACUCCUGAAUCUAUGAAGGCCCUGAGUGCAAGCAGAGAGGCUGUGGAGUUUAUGUCCAAUGUUGGUAUGGAAGAGCUGAAUCUCUGCUUGUUUACUGAGUCCUUAGAGACAGUCUCAGAUUCCGGUAAAAGCCUUGGGUCUUUCACUGUCACUGUCCAGUCCGCUUACUAUGAACAAGAAGGGAAAGAGGAUGAAAAAUGUUUUCUUGUUGACACUUGCUGCCAUGGUGUUCUGGAUGAUGUACCAUAUAGAACCUCCACAAUAGCGUAUAUCUCACCACAGAUGGAAACGCUGGAACAGCACCACCACGAAUAUUUUAAGAUGAAAGCACAGUGCCUGGACAUAAAAAUUCACAUGAAGAGACAAGAUGACAAGAUGGUGAUCAACAAAUUCAUUACACAGGGUCAGCAAGUACAGGAGGAAACAGUGUCACAUGACUUAAGCUCGCUGACCGGGUUCAUUUCAGAAGCCUCUAAUUUACUGAUCAUGCGUCUUCUGGCAAGGAGGAAGAACAUAGAAAACAUGGACUUUCUUGCCUUCGAUGCUGAUACAAAGUUGUGUACUUUAACCUAUCGACAGCUUGGAUUCCGUUAUCAGGUUAUUGGCAAAACAACAGUGGAGGUUUACGGCUUAGAAAGGACAAUACAUUCGGAGGAUAUCCCUACCACAUGGCAGUGCUACUUUCUACCAGAUGGGCAUUUGUUCAGCAGAGUCCAGGUUGGUACUGACAUCACCAUGAAAAUUACACAGAUGCCCAUAUUAUCCGAACCGGAGGAAGAAGACCCCAAACCUGUGUUUGAACAGAAGGCUUUGAAUUUUGAGGAGGAUGCUCAAUUACUUUCAGAAUUCCAGGACAGAAAGGAGGAACUUAUCUCAGAACAUGAAACCUACCUCCGCCGCCACCCAGAAAUAAAAAUCCUUCUGGGUGAUUUCAUGCAGUUUUUACUACUCAGGAAACCAGAUGACAUCAUCGCUUUUGCAGCCGACUUUUUUCAUCCCUUCUCACCGGCCCAGGAGCACAGGGAUACCUUUCCGAUCUUCCAGGGUUGUCGGCACAAGUUGUAAUGUUUCCCAGUAAUAAUUACACUAAGCUGGCAGUAUCAGCUGUUUAUUCUAAAUGUCUCCUUAGUGGUUUAUUGUAAGCAGGGUCAGACAGACAGAAAUAAUAAGCCAGAAGAGUAUGAGCUCUAUAAGAGCUCAGGACAGCCAAAAUAUUAAUAAAUAAAUAAAUAAA